AUGGAAAAACCAUAUAAUGACACAAUGUCCCAUGAGUUGAAGAAGGUCCCACAAUGUGAAUUUUGUUAUGCAAAAAAAUUUGAAUACGAACCUCCAAGUUUCUGUUGCUCAAAUGGUGAAGUAGUCCUAAUGUCUACGAAUGUGCCUAAUGAUUUAUAUGAAUUGUUCACAAGCCAAAGUGCAUUAUCUGUAGACUUGCGCCGUCACUUGCGUGCCUAUAAUAGUAUAUUCUCCUUUACAUCAUUUGGAGUCCGUCUUGAUAAAAAUUUAUCAAAUAUGAAGACCGGGAUCUAUACUUUUCGUGCACAAGGUCAAGUAUACCAUGAAUUACCAUCACUUACACUUGGAGAUAAUGGACCGUGUUACCUCCAAUUAUACUUCUAUGACACUGAUAAUGAAUUGCAAAAUAGAAUGAGAAUUCUUAAAGAUGCAAAUUUGGAAGAGCCGAUUGUCGUAAAGUUAAUGGAGAUAUUAUCUGCAAAUCCAUACGAACAGUUUUUCCGAAGGCUAAAAGAUAUUCCUGUCCAAGAGAGUUAUGAGAUCAUUAUAAAAAAUGAUGUUCGCCUCGACCAAAGAGUUUACAAUUCACCUUCAUCGGACCAAGUUGCAGCUGUGUGGAUAGAAGGAACAAAUUCAAAUACACGUUCAGAACGAGAUAUAAUUGUUACUGCGCACUCAGGAAGAAGACAUAGAGUAAGGCACUACUUUGGAUGUUAUGAUCCAUUACAAUACCUUUUAUUAUUUCCAUUUGGUGAAAUUGGAUGGCAUCGUAAUAUCAAAACACGACAUCAACCAUAUAUCGUUCAACAUGUUACAUGUGAAGAAGAUAUUUUUGAACAUGAUAUUGCAACAAGAGUUGAACAAGCAAGAAGAACAAAAAAGGUUUCAUGCAGACAAUAUUAUUGCUACAAACUCCAAAUACGUGAAAAAGAACGAUCAAUUCUAUUAUAUGCUGGAAGACUUUUGCAACAAUAUGUGGUUGAUAUGUACAUUAAGCUUGAAUCGACUCGUUUAGAUUACUACCGGACACAACAAUCACAUAUUCGAUCUGAAUUAUACCAAGGAAUUGUUGAUAGCAUUGUAGCAGGAGAAUCUAGAGGAGAUAAAGUUGGAAAAAGGGUUGUUCUUCCCGCUUCUUUCAUAGGAGGACCUAGGGAUAUGCGUAGACGAUACUUUGAUGCCAUGUGUUUGGUUCAGAGAUUCGGAAAACCAGACCUUUUUAUUACAAUGACUUGUAAUCCUGAUUGGAAAGAAAUUCGCGACGAACUGAAAUUUGGACAGUUACCACAAGAUAGACCAGAUUUAACAGCUAGAGUGUUCAGAGCAAAGCUAUAUGAUGUGAAACAACAAUUAUUUAAAAGAUCGAUAUUUGGAAAAGUGGCAGCGCAUGUUCAUGUGAUUGAGUUUCAAAAAAGAGGUUUGCCACACGCACACAUAUUGCUCAUAUUUCAAUCUGAAUUCAAAAUUACAAAUGCAGAACAAUAUGACAAAUUGGUCUGUGCAGAAAUUCCUUCUGAGAAUGAAAACCCAUCACUUUAUCGGAAAGUAGUGAAACAUAUGAUUCAUGGUCCUUGCGGAGAUCUCAACAAAAAGAAUGCAUGCAUGAAGGAUGGGAAAUGUAAAAAUCUUUAUCCACGUAAAUUUGUCGAACAUACGAUUCAAGGUAAAGAUUCAUACCCUAUAUACAGAAGAAGAAAAGACAGCCAAAUAGUCUUUGUGCGUAAUGCAAUGUUAGAUAACAGAUGGGUUGUUCCUUAUAAUCCAUAUCUUUUAGAGAGAUAUGACUGCCAUAUAAAUGUCGAGAUAUGCUCAGGAAUAACAGCAGUAAAGUAUCUCUAUAAAUAUAUAUACAAGGGACAUGAUCGUGUUGCGAUUCACAUCUCAAAUGUUGAUGGAGGGAAUUUCGUAGAUGAAAUAAAAGAAUAUCAGGAUGCACGAUGGGUAUCACCACAAGAAGCAAUGUGGAGACUUUAUGAGUUUAACUUAAAUGAGAUGUAUCCUUCGGUUACCAACCUCCAAUUACACCUUCCAAAUAAACACACAGUUUGGUAUUGGGAGAACAAAAACCUAGAAUAUAUCAUUCAUUCUGAAGAUAUAUCACGCACAAUGUUGACAGAAUUCUUUCAUUUAAACUCCAUAUCUGAAAUAAGUAGAGACUAUUUGUAUAGGGAGAUUCCGGAGCAUUAUGUUUGGAACAAGCAAAAUAAAUGUUGGAGUCCCAGACACCACAAGGCGGUAAUAGGACGAGUUAAUGCCGCCAACCCUUCCGAAGGAGAAAGGUAUUACUUAAGAUUAUUGUUAAACCAUGUGCGUGGACCAACAUCAUAUAAAGAUUUAUUAUAUGUUAAUGGUCUCCAAUGUGUAACAUUUAAAGAGUCGGCAGAAAGAAGAGGUCUACUUGAAAGCGAUAAUAGCAUUGUUGAAUGCCUCAACGAUGCUGUGUGCUUCCAAAUACCAAUGGCUCUUCGAAGGCUUUUUGCAACUUUAAUAGUUUUCUGUGACCCAAGUAAUGUUAGAAAACUUUGGGAUGACUAUUUUGAAGCUAUGUCAGAAGAUUUUUUACCCGACCCCAAUUCUUCCCCUGACUACCAACUCAUGGAAACACUUAAGAGCAUAGAAAACUAUUUAAUGAGCAUGGGCCGGAAUAUAAAUGAUUACGAUUUGCCAAAUAUUGAUUAUGCGAAUGAUUCCAACAGUUAUGAUUCCUCUAGAGAGAUCACCAACGAAAUGGCUAUUGUUACUCCGUCUGAUGAUUACAAUGCAAUAGUAAAUCUUAACAAUGAGCAAGAAAAUGCAUAUAAAACUAUACUUGAAUGCAUAAUCUCAAAUCAACCAAACAUCUUCUUCAUUGAUGGGCCAGAGGGUACAGGAAAAACGUAUUUGUAUCGUGCAUUACUUGCGAAGGUUAGAUCUGAACAUGGAAUUGCACUUGCAACUGCAACUUUUGGAGUGGCUUCUUCAUUAUUACCAGGUGGUAGGACUUCACAUUCAAGAUUUAAGAUUCCUAUCAUAGCUGACGAGUCAACUACUUGUAAUAUUUCAAAGCAAAGUUCAACUGCAGAACUCUUACGAAAAGCCAAACUAAUUAUUUGGGAUGAAGCACCAAUGGCUAAACGUUAUGCAAUAGAAGCAGUUGAUAGAACUCUACAAGAUUUACUUGGCAAUAAUUUAUCUUUUGGAGGAAAAGUUGUGGUUUUUGGCGGAGAUUUCAGACAAGUGUUACCCGUACUACCACGAGCGACUAGAGCUGAAAUUAUUGAAGCAAGUCUGGUAAAGUCUAAAUUAUGGAAAAAAAUGAAGAAACGAUUGGAAAAGAACAUGAGAGCAAGAAAUGAUCAAUCAUUUACAGAAUUUUUACUACGAGUAGGCAACGGAGAGGAGCUGACUUUAUUAGACAACAUGAUUCAACUACCGAAAGAGAUAGUUAUAAACUCUAUAAUUGAAGAAAACUCUGAAAAUGCAUUGAUAGAUGCUAUAUUUCCGUACCUUCAAGAAAAUUCUCACUUAGCGGAAUACAUAACUAAUCGAGCAAUUUUAGCAACAAGAAAUGAUUUUGUUGAUAAAAUAAACGGUCAGCUCAUUGAACGUUUUCCGGGAGAAUCUUCAACAUACUAUAGCUUUGAUAAAGCAAAUGAUGAUGCUGAAACAAUCUUCAACAUGAGGAACCAAUGUACUUUUAACACUAUAAAUUCGCUAGAUGUUUUGCAAAGGAAUUGGACAAUAAAGGUGAUUGUACUUCGUAGAGGAAAUGUUGAAAACUACCAUAAUGACAAAGGAUCAGGCCAAAUAUUGAAAGUAAUUCUAAUGGAUGAAGAAGGAACACAAAUUCAAGCUGCAUUGUUCAAUGAUGUGGUCACCAUAUUCAAGGAAUCCCUAGCUCUUCAUAAAACUUAUAUAAUUUCUAAUGGAAUUGUGAGUCGAGUGAACCACAAAUAUAGAAAUGUUCACAAGGAAUUCGAAUUAAAGUUUGAUAAAACUAUAUCCGGCAAUGAUAUAGGUGCUCUCAUUAUGAAUUCAAAAUCUAAAGCUUUUGAUGGAGCCGAAAAAAUUUGUCUCAACAAGAUUAUUGGAAAAUCAAAAACUGCAUUUAUGAAAACAAAUUAUUAUUUCGAAGCAACAAUUCAAGAAAUUGAAAAUGAAAAGAAACCAUGGUACGACGCUUGUAUGGAAUGCAACAAGAAAGUCAAACUACUGAACAGUGGUAUUGUUUGUACCAAUUGCAACAUAAAGAAUGUAAAAUGCGUUCAAAGAUUUGUGAUGCGACUAAAAGUGACAGAUACAAAUGCAGAAGCAAAGAUAACAGUUUUUGAUGAUUGUCAGUCACUAAUAAAUUGUUGUUUGGAAGAUCUUCUACGACUAAAAAAUGAGGAAGAAGAAACAAAUGAGUUCAGUGACAUUGUUAAAAGAUGUGAAGGGAAGUCAUUUAUGUUUCUGGUGAAAAUAGACAACAACAAUGAUGAAUUAAUCAGAGGCCUCUUCGUCGCACAAGCAGUUAAAAAAGUUGGCCGAGACAAUGAUACAACAGAAGAACUUGGCACAGAACUUAACAUUGACAAUGAUACAACAGAAGAACUUAGCACUGACAAUCAUCCAAUAGCAGAACUUCGAUCUCCCAAAAGGAUAAAACGCUCUUUCCAAAGGAAAAAUAUAAAAAUUCAGAAUAUUGAUUCAUAG